GAAGAGUCGUGCCCUAACCCACUGGAGCAGAAGCGCCUCAGCCAGUACACUCAGGUCACUAAGGCACCCCGCAGUGCCAAGGAAUCCCUACUUAACGCACAAGCACCCCCAGCUCAUCCACCUCAUGCAUCGGCUCCGUUAUCACACGCUGAUGACCCUCCAAUGUAG